AGGAGUGAUGUUCAUAUAAGUAAUGUCUAUAAGAUGAAAACCCAAGUCCAGUGUCUGGUGUUGUGGUUUCUGGAUCUAGUUGUAUAUGUAUCCUGUACUCCUAACCUUGCUUUGAACAAACCUGCUUGGAUGAGCACCGUCAUUAGCAAAAGUGUAUCAACUUCCGUCGACAAUGCUGUAGAUGGUAACCUUGGAAGAGUCUGGGGGGACGGCGUCUGUACUGGUACUGAACACAAUGACAUAUCUCCAUGGUUCGUUGUGGAUCUUCUUGGACAAUAUGAAGUUCAUAACGUUACCAUUUACAACAGGAACUCUUAUGGUGAGCGUCUUCAUGACUUUGUCAUACAGGUCUACAAAGAAAAUCCAUCACGUUGUUCAAAAGCAGUUGCCAAUAUUUGCAAAACCUAUCCUGGUGUGUUUGGUUCCAUUGAAACCGUGGAAUGUGAGGCAGCAGUCUCGGGGAGGUUUGUUCGGAUUUGGAAGCCUGCGACUUUACAAUAUGACGACAUUCUGACUGUCUGUGAAGUGGAAGUGUACGGAAUACGCCCAGAGCAGUUCACGCAGCUAUGCAGUAAAGCAUAUUACAAAAUCACACCCGGCAAACGUCUGAAUUCAGCUGGCAUGGCCUUGGUUUCUGCCGAGUCGAAGACAGCAUGUGUUCAACGAUGUACCGUGACUGAGAGCUGUGUUGGGGUAAACUACAAGGACGUAUCUUGGGAGUGUGAAAUCAUCACCAGACCUGGACCAGCAGACACACUUUCCUCGGACCCACACUGGCUCUACUUAGGAGAUGAUCUAUGUUAGACUGUGAAAACAGAUUGCUGUGCACUGGGCAUCGGGAGUAUUAUCUAUAUUUUCGACCACUAUUUAAUGUCUGUAAGUUGAAGUGUUUCUUAAGAGGUUAGAAUUGUAUUGUGCCAAGGUCUCAGACGUCUACCCCUGUGGUGAAACCCACGAACACGGGAAUGGUGCCUAGAACCUAGAAACAAAAUCGGGGCGAACCUAUAUUCGAGCCCUAUUGUAAUAAGAAAGUCAUGAAAUUACAAAGAAUAGUCAUCCAUUACACAUCCAUGAUCUAGAAACCUUCAACAUGGUAAGUUUAAACAAUACCUGGGAAAUAGUUAAAGGCACAAUUACAUAGUUAGGCCGAUUCGUGUGCAAUUUUUGCUUUGUGAUAAAACCUCUUACAAUUCAGUUUAACAAUAGAAAAGAAAUUGCCAAAAGCUUUAAAAAAAUGUUUAACAUAUAUUGAGUUAAACAUCAAGGGGGAUAUGCUGACGCAAGUAGUUGCAGUGUUCAACCAGUCAGGCGUUAAGCAGUGUUGAUACUUUCACGUAUUGAUCCUUUGUUACAAAGCAUUCUGUUGCUAAGUAACCGGCUCUUUGAUAGUCUGUAAGGGCUAGGAUGUUUGUUGGAGUGUUUCCAUUUCUGUCGAUUCAAGACGUAUGAAAAAGUAUUUCAGGGAAUACUUCGACAUAAUAUUUCAGCACAUCCAGAAUGUCUAGUUUACAAUUAUUUCAUUUUUUAUGCAUUAACAAAUUUGAAUUUCUUUCGUCAUUAUAU